GCAAAAGUAACAUCUCAAGGUAGACUAAUUCAUCAUUAGGUAGGUAGAAAUAAAGAAAGAUGAAUGAUAUUGAUCAUGAUGAUAAUCCAAAUAUAUUGUAAAUUCAAUUCGGUUAAAAGUCAAUGGAAAAAUAUAGUAAAUAAAAGCUGAUUAAAUAUACGAAGAAAAAAUUGACUAAAUUAAAGUUUAGAAAGAGGAAAACGGAAAAGAAAAACAAAUAAGUCGAUCAACAAUUAACUAAAUCACAACUUUUUCCCUCUUUAAAGUUAAUCAUCUAUUCACCUUUACCUAAAUUAUCAUAACCUUAAUUAGGUUACCAAAUAAUCAACAAACAAAAAGAGGUAAUCAGAUCUUCCCCAUUCACAAUUGAACCAUUGAAAAAUUAGAAUAAUUAAUUACACAGAUUUUAAUAAUUUCAAUUCAUCUUCUACAAUUGAAACAACCAUUUGUGACCCAGAAUAAUUAAAAACAGAUUAAACCAGUUAAUUAAACACAAAGAGAGAGAUAAUCAAAUUGAAAUAGUUAAUUUUAGAAAUGAGAAAAUGUAUCAACAAGAAUAAGUUUUGCUAGAAAAGAUUUGAUUGAUUAAAGUUAACCAUAGUUUCUUAAUCAUCGAAAUCAUCAUAAUUAUCACUUUUAUCUUCAUCAUCAUCAUCUCCCUAAUAGAAUAAUUUAAUUCUCCUUUUGUCUUUCUAAUCUUCUCCCAUUCUCUCUCCAUUCAUUAUUCAACCUUCUCCCAAUCAACAUCAUCAUCAUCUCUCUCUCUCUCUCUCGAUACACAAUCAAUUCCAAUGUCUUCCUGUGGAUUUAAUUUUAAUUAACGAAUAUUUAUCUUGAUUGUGAUCGCAUUUCUUUGUGUACGAUUUUUAAUUGUGUUUAUUUUGUUUUUCUAUCAAUAUUAUCGUAAUUAUAUUACUAUUAUUGUUUAAUUUCGGUUCACCGUGAAAUCCAAUGAAACGAGAUUUCAAGUUUUUCUUAAUCAUUUUAUUCAAAGAAAUUAAAUAGACAUCAUCACCUUUUGUCAUCAUAACACAAUUUAAAUCACAAUCAUCAUCAUCAUCUUCAGUAUUAUUAUUAUUUUCCAAUAUGAAAGUUUAAUUGUUUCUAUUGUUUUCUAUGAUUUUCUUUGUUGUUUUUUCUUUAGAACAAAAAAUUUCUCUUGUUCUUUUCCAUAGCUAUAUUAGCCUACUAAAUUAUUGAUUGUUGAACAAGUUGAAACUAAAUUGAUCAUCAACAACUUUUAUAACAUGACAAUUAACUGGACAAUUGUGAUUCUUAAUUACUAAUCAAAAUACUAAUCAUAAUUACAAGGUCUCUCUCUCUCUCUCUCUUUCAUGGUAAACAUGCAAACCAACAAGUGACCCAAUAUCCCAAUACCUUUGUGUUGAUCUUGAGUAAAGUAACAAGAUCCUUGAGUAGACAUUUAUUGUCUCGAGAAGUUAGUGAAAAGAAGUAAAAAAAACCAUCAAAAUUAAGGAACAAUCAAUGAAAUUGUGUAAACAAACAUCAUGUUCGUGGCAAAAUUAACUUAAGUGAUCAAGAAUUGACUGGAAAAUCAGUAAUUUAGUUAAGAAAAGUUAAUCAAUUCUUUUGUUUCCAUUUUCAUCUUAAUGAGAGAAAUCACCAUAAAUUUUACUUAACAUAAUCAUAAUCUGAUAAUUUGUUAAUCAUGGAUAAUCAAGGAAAAGAUAAUCCAUCAUUCAUCAGAUCAUCUGAAGAUUUGACUGAAUCAACCAAUCAUUCAGAUGAUAAUCAACAACAACAACAACGAAAUUUUCAUAAUCAAAGUUUACAUUCUCAUCAACAAAGUGGCUUAAUUACAAAUAAUUCAUCAACUAAUGAUCAUUAUCAUGUUCAAACUAUCGUUAUACCUGACGAAAUUAAUCAACAAUCAGUUAAUUAUCCCGAUGAAAAGACAAAUGGUCAAGUGAUUGUUAAAAUCCCUCAUGAUAAUUGUGAUGACCAGAACAACAACAAUAAUGAAAAUAAAAGUGUUAAAACCAAAUCAACGAAACCUAUUGAUUUACCAAUUGUACCAAGACCCGAAAUGGUCAAUUCGAGUAAGCCCUCUCGAAAAGGUUCUAAUGUCAACUGGGGGUCCGUUUAUACGGUCCCAAUAUUCGCGAAAAGUUUUCGAACUUCAUCUUUCGAAUCAGUUAAUACUGCCAGAGAUGUUGAGAUGACCGGUCAUCGACGAAGAGCAUCCGGUUCACCAGAGCAUCAACAAGAAGUUGCGACAUUUGAACCAAUAAGAGGUUCGAUUACCGAUACAGCCUCACCAGAGAUCGGUGGUAGUGGCGGUGGUGGUGGUGGACGGAAAAAUUCAACCGUUAGGUCAAUUUUAUUCGGGGAUCCAAUGAGCCGACGAUUCUCUCAAGAUUUAUUGAAAAUGUAUGGACCAGAGGGAUUAGGAUUAAGUGAAGAUGGAUCAUCGGAGGAGGAAAGUGAAACAACUAAGGUUAUUUUUUUUCAAGUUUUUAUCCCUUUUUUAAUCGCCGGCUUUGGUAAUGUUGGUGCUGGACUGAUCCUCGAUUAUGUUCAAACCUGGUUAGUAUUUAAAUCGGUUGGUGGAUUAUUUGUCCUGGUCGCUUCUUUCCUUGGGUUUAAAGGAAACCUUGAAAUGACCCUUGCAGCCCGUUUAUCAACCCAGGCCAAUAUGGGUCGAAUGGACUUGGUUGGUGAACAAUUGAAAGUCGCCACGGGUAAUAUCGCUCUUAUCCAGUGUCAAGCGGUUGCGGUUGCGUUUCUUGCUUCCGCAAUCGCCAUUGGGUCAACGUCCAUUCAAACGAUGACUUUUGACCUGAACAAAAGUUUAAUUCUGAUCUCUACUUCACUGGUCACUGCCUCGGUAACCGGGUUAUUUUUAGCUAUUAUAAUGGUCUCGGUUGUGGUCAUCUCGAGAAAGGCCAAUGUAAAUCCAGAUAAUGUUUCCACCCUGAUUGCCGCUUUUCUCGGUGAUUUGACCGCAGUUUGUUUAAUUGCGGGUUCAGCUUACGCUUUUCAUGCCUAUUUCUCAAUUGAAUUGACCUGUGGUGUUAUCGUUUUUUUCAUCGUCACCCAGCCGAUUUGCAUUUGGAUCGCCUAUUCAAAUGAAUACACAAGAACCAUCAUUGGUCAAGGUUGGACUUCCAUUAUUCUUGCUAUGGUCAUCUCAUCUUUGGGUGGUUUCAUUUUCGAUUAUGGUGUAGAUCAUUUUAAAACAAUCGCUCUUUUCCAGCCAAUAAUUAACGGUGUCGGCGCUAAUUUAGUGGCCGUUCAAGCAUCUCGAAUAUCAACUUUCUUCCAUAGACGAAGUAUUCUUGGUGAAUUUCCAACCACCGAAGAUGGAGAGAAAAUGAAAAUCUGUUCACCUCCUCAUCGAGCAUUUUUCGGAUCAGAUCCAAAUGCAAAGACAGCUCGAUUAUUACUUCUAAUGGUUGUUCCUGGUCACAUAAUCUACAUCGUUACAUUAAAGUUAAUCCUUCCUCGACUAAUCUGGAUUACUGCAACUUUUUUAAUCGCCUUCAUGGUUGUCGCCUUAAUCCAAGUAGCCUUAUUACUUUAUAUCGCUCAUAUUUCAGUUCCUUUCCUGUGGAAACAUGAAUAUGAUCCCGAUAAUAAUGCGAUUCCAUGUUUAAUGUCACUGGGUGAUCUCUUUGGAACCGCUCUAUUUACUGGAGCUUAUGUUAUCCUCGGAUUAAUUGGCGAUCCCAAUGGUGUCCUUAAUUAGCUCGUUAAUUAAUAUACAUAAUAAGAUGAAGAAAAUAAAUAACAAAAAAAAGAAGAAAAAUUUUACUUUUAAUUUUGUCGAUCAAAAAAAAAACGAAAACAAGAAUCAACCGGAACAUUUAAUUACUAAAUUGUGAUUAACUGUUAACACCUUAAUCUCAUCUCUCUCACUUUAUCGCACCAAUAUUGUCAAACUUUAAUCAAUUAAUUAAGGUUACGAUCAAUUUUCCCAAUUUCUUUCAAUUUGAUUACCACAAUUUACUACCAGUUAAUUUAUCAAUUGACUAAUUGAUUACUCGGUUUUUGUGUGUACGUUUUUUUUAAUUGUCAUCAAUUCACCUGAUAAUAAAAGUUAUCUUUCAAUUAAAAUGGUGAAAAUUACACUGUUAAUUGUUAUUAAAUUGUAGCUCUCCUCCUUCAAGUGU